AUGACGAACAAUUUGAAGAAGACACCACGUCCAUCGGAAGCAAAGCCCAAAAAUGACUCAAAAACAAAGAUGACAACUGUUGACGAUGAUAAUUUCGAAGAAGCACCAACUUGGGCUGCCGUCAUUACUAUACUCAGCUUUGCUUUACAUACUCCAAUCGGGUGGUUUCGUGAUUUUCUUCGUUAUAUUGGCUUGGAAGAGAAAAAAACUGUUAUAGAUCCAAGUCCAAAGGAUUUUGUACCACUUUAUCAAAGUUUCGAGUGCUUCUAUACGCGUAAUUUCUAUACACGUGUUCGUGAUGCAUUCAAUCAACCGAUUGCAAGCAUAGCUGGGCCUAUAAUCGAUGUUAUGGAACGUGUUUCAGAUGAUUACAAUUGGACAUUCAGAUUUACUGGCAGAAAAAUACCAGCCAUUAAUAUGGGUUCAUACAAUUAUUUAGGUUUUGCUGAAAAUAGAGGUCCAUGUGCAGAACAAGCUAUAAGAUCAAUUGAACAGUAUGGAACUACAACAGGUAGUACUCGUCAGGAAUUAGGAACUCAACAGUAUAUGAAAACUCUUGAAGAAAUGAUGGCCAAUUUUCUAGGUGUUGAAGAUUGUAUUGCUUUUGGUAUGGGCUUUGCUACAAAUGCAUUGAAUAUUCCAGCAAUAAUGGGCGAAGGUGAUCUUAUACUAAGUGACAAACUUAAUCAUGUUUCAAUUAUUCUUGGUGCUCGAUUAUCUGGCGCACAUAUUCGCACAUUCAAUCAUAAUAAUAUGCAAGAUUUGGAAUAUCAAUUACGUGAAGCCAUUGUUCAUGGUCAACCAAGAAAAUUUCGGCCAUGGAAAAAAAUUUUGAUUAUUGUCGAAGGUGUCUACAGUAUGGAAGGUUCAUUAUGUAAACUGCCUGAAAUAGUUGCCCUAAAGAAAAAAUACAAAGCCUAUUUGUAUGUUGAUGAAGCUCAUUCAAUUGGUGCUGUUGGUUCACGUGGUCGUGGUGCUGUCGAUUAUUGGAAUGUUGAUCCAAAGGAUAUUGACAUACAUAUGGGUACAUUUACGAAAAGUUUUGGCUCUGUCGGAGGUUAUAUUGCUGGUAAAAAGUCUUUGGUCGAUCAUAUUCGAAUUCAUUCUCAUUCUACAUGCUACUCAUCGAGCAUGUCGGCACCUAUCGCCUAUCAAAUCAUUAGCGCACUUAAUAUUAUCACGAGUCGAGAUGGAACUGAUGGUGGUCAAAAACGUAUUCGACAAUUAGCUCGUAAUGUUCAUUAUUUUCGUCGUCAACUUGUCGAUAUGGGCUUUAUCGUAUAUGGACAUAGAGAUUCGCCGGUUGUUCCAGUGAUGCUCUUCAUACCGGCUAAGGUUGGAGCUGUCAAUCGAGAAAUGUUGAAACGUGGAUGCGCUGUAGUGACUGUAGGUUUUCCGGCUACUAAGGCUAACGAAUCACGUAUACGAUUUUGUCUAUCGGCCAGUCAUACUAAAGAAAUGCUCGAUUAUGUUUUGAGUGUUUUCGAUGAAGUGGGUUAUCUUACUGGACUUCAAUGUUCAAAACGAAAUCCACAACGUCGUUUAGUUGAACUCAAUCCUGAAGACUAUCUUGAAGAUUAA